AUGGAGGAAACACUACCACAGAUCAAUUUGAAACUACGUCUACUUACUUAUAAUGUAUUUGUUAGACCACCUGGUAUAAGAACAAAUUAUAAUGACUUUAAGGAUGAACGAUUGGAAUGUUUGAUCUCAACAGAGUUGAACGCUGAGAGAUUGAACAAGGCUUUUGCAUCAGCUUCCGGUGUACCUUACACUGUGUACUCGGUGGACAAGGAUCGCUUCCCAUCCAUACCCUACCUCUCACCAUGGCGCUCGCCUCGUCCACCCAAGAUCCCGGCACCUAGCGCCACGCCACUCUCACCAGACAUGGCCGCUGGCCACUCAAAGUUCACGCGCUUGGACACAUCAAUCAUUGGACAAUUCGACAUUUGCUGCUUCCAAGAACUGUUCUCCUCAUUCUCCUACAGACAACGUCGAUUCCUUGAGCGUGCAAAGACGCAAGGAUUCGUUCAUACGGCUGCCUCGCCUCACCCGCCCUACCUGCGGUCGACCUAUCUGGUGGAUGGCGGCCUGGUCGUUAUCUCCAAGUACCCCAUCGUCGAGCAGGACUACCAACUCUAUGCGCAGGGUGUCGACAGCGACAUGCUUGCAUCAAAGGGAGCACUAUACACCAAGAUUGAGAUUGAGAAGCAGAAGCAAUACUUGCAUCUCUUCUCUACACACAUGCAGGCAUCAUACCAACGCGCACCUGGUGGUAUCCCAGAUGAGAACCUCAGGAAUGAUUCAGUGCGCGUUGUACAAAUGAACCAGCUGCGCGAGUUUAUUCACGAUAAGACCAAGGACGACAAGCAUCCCAUCAUUCUGGCUGGCGACCUGAACGUCAACUCCAGAACAUCAGACCCAAACGCGACAUCCAGUGCAGAGUAUCGCGAGAUGGUCGAUCUGCUCUGUACCAGGCCCACGUCGGACAACUCAUCACGUGUCAAGCUGUUUGAGCUGUCCGACUGGUUGACAGAGGACACCAAGGGCAUUCAUCCACCAACAGUCGGCGAUACAUUGGACAUCAAUGGAACGCUGCACGCUAGAGAGACAGCACUCACUGGACAGAAUGAUCUAUGCUGCAUGAAGCGACUGGACUACAUUCUUCAACUGCACCGUGUACCAGCCUCCACCAAAAACUUCACCAUGUCAGCCUACAAGCAACAACAAGAGACCAAUCAACAAUGUCGCGUACCAGGCAGCACACGAGUCGAGCCAUUCUUCAUUGAAGGCUUCCCUUUCAGCCAAUUGAGUGAUCAUUAUGGAGUAUCAACAUCACUCAAGUUUGACAUCAACAACAACAACAUGUAG